AUGGAGCAUGGGCAGCGGGGACUGGAGCCAGAGCAGAUGCAGCAGCAGCUCAAAUUACGUGACAGGCAGAAGUUCUUUGAGGAGGUUUUCCAGCAUGAUGUGGAUUUCUUCUUCCCCAUGUCCCACCUGCAGAUAGAGCACAGGAGACCUCCGCUGGGCAGCAUUUCCUCCAUGGAAGUGAAUGUGGACAUGCUGGAGCAGAUGGAGAUGAUGGACCUUUCUGACCAGGACACCGUGGACGUAUUUCUCAGCUGCGGGACAGAGGAUAACAAUGUUGCCGGUCUCCUGCCAGAGCCCAGCCACUACCAGGAGGAAAUCACCCUGCAAGUGCCCAAUGCGGCCGAGAUCAAAUCCCGGAUCUCGUCCACAUCCUCCGUGUCCACAGACCUGAACAGCCUGGACACCAGCGAGGAGGGGGCUGAGACCCCCGUGGUGCAGUCAGAUGAGGAUGAGCCCCAGGAGGACAGUCCUGAAGCGCAGGCGGCCAGAAGCUAGCAGCAGGCUCCCUGCUCUCUCCUCAUCCACCCUCCGCAUGGACCUGCCAGCAUGAGAGAAAGGAAGGCUGCUGGUUGUUUGACGCCUGCUCAGUACAACCCGAGCUGUCUCCCCAUCCCAAGGAGCGGAGAGACGGCUUCCCUCAGCACGUUCUUCAGUCAGCCAAGAGAGUGGUGCAGAAACAGAGGGGUAGUGUAGUGCUUCAGAAAUUAACUCUUCAGGCUUUGCUACU